UUGAAGUUGAUUUUUUGUGUUGUUUUAAUUAUACGUAAUUGUAAUAAUAUAUAAAAUCGAGUUUAAUCAUAGAAUGAAUCAAUUACCUAUUGUACUUAAAUUAAAACUUAACUGGUGGAGUAGUGCGAGUCUCAUUCUAUCUCAGUUUAAUAAGUACCUACAUUAUUUACCUGCAAUAAAUUGACCCAGUAAGAAUGAAUGACCUACCAGAAAAUAGUAGCAAUACUGCUGGCUCAGAUUUAGACACCUUGGAUUAUUUGCGAGGUGUAAAGUCGUCAACGUGUCUUUUAUUACCAACCACUCCGAGCCCUACACCUUUGGAUUUCAAACAUCCACUAUCAGAGGAAAUGAGUGAACAACCAUUUUUACCAAUAAAUGAUGAAGGCAAUAUCACAAGUUUGCAAAAUGCAGAUGCAUUAGGUGGUGAUUCUAGUUCAUCAGCUGAUUCCAACUCAGUUGUGCAAGACCCUGUAAGUGCUCAACUCAUUAAUAAUAUCAGUAUGUUGGAUUAUCAGACCCUUAGCAAAAAUGAUGAUUUGAUAAUGGGACCGGCUGAAGAUUGCAAACUCAAUGGACAUCUCAACAUAAACAACAGGAAACUACCUGAUUUUGUUAACUGGGAUUGGGGUAUUAUUAGAAAGGUAUUGCUAUGGGUUGUUCUUUCAGCUUUGAUAGCAUGUUUAGGAGCAAUUAUAGCAAUGGUUGUCACUAUGCCAAGAGUAUGUAACCCAGAACUCCCCUGGUAUCAAGGAAAAAUAUUUUAUGAGAUAUUUCCAGCUAGUUUUAAGGAUUCAAAUAAUGAUGGCAUUGGAGACCUUAAAGGGCUCAUUAAAAAACUUGACUACAUUGAAAACAUAGGUGUUUCUGCAAUUCGUUUAAAUUGUAUAUUUGAGGCUAAUAAUUAUCCAGAACAAUAUUACAAUGUAACCUCUUUAAUAAAUAUUGAUAGAAGUAUUGGUACAGUUGAUGAUUUUAAGGAUUUAGUAACUGAGGUCCAUAAAAGAAACAUGUCACUAAUACUUGACUUACCAGUAUCAUCAAUGGUUACUUCAAAUACUAUAGUGAACUCAUCACAACCUCAUUUGUUUACCAACAAUACUCUGGUAGGAACUUCAGACGUUACUACAGCAGCAAUUGUUUAUUGGACCCAGAUUAACAAUGUUGAUGGACUUUAUCUAAAAAAAUUAGAUAAUUUUGUUGAUGACCUGAAUUUUGGAAGAUCAUUACAAUUUUGGAAACAAAUAAUAGGACACAACAAAAUAUUUAUUGCAAGUGAAGAAACACUGCAAAAAGCCAGUGGUAAUUCUCUUAAUGUUUUGAUGUCAAGAAUUGAUCUUAUCGAUAUCCAUUUAGAUUUAAGUCAUGGAAUAAAUGGCUUGAAGAACCGAAUAGAUGAAGUCAUCACAGGCACUCUGUGGACCAAACCCCAUUAUCCAUGGGUGCACUGGAAUAUUGGCAAUGUAUAUAGUGAGAGAAUAUCUACAAAACAUGUAAACAAUACAUUAGCAUUAACUGCUUUAGAAUUUGUAUUGCCUGGCACUGUUAGCAUAUUUUAUGGAGAUGAGAUAGGAUUGGGCGGUGUAGAAGAAGCUGAGAAAGACUUCCAUGAACACAAAUAUACUCAUAAUCUAGUGAUGAUGAACUUUUCAAAUAGUGAUAAAAAUGAAAAUGUUGGAAUAUUACCAUGGAAUUCCCGGUCUCUUUUAGAGCCUAGAUAUCAAUACAUACAUAAUAUAAAAAGUUUGUCAGAGUUUAGAUUAAAUAAUCCUACAAUAUAUCUGAGAGCUAUUUACAAAGAAGGCAGCAUAAUAAAGAAUAUGGGAAUAAGAAAAACAGAAGAGAAUUUAGUUGUGAUAGAACGAUGGUAUCCCCGAAGGAAUACAUGUGUCUUCGUUGGAAAUCUGGGAAACAUAUCUAUUACAACGGAUUUAUCCACAAUGUUCUAUGGUGGUACUGUAGUAUCUGGUACCAAUGCUUCUCUUAUAGGUCAAACAUUGUACUUUGAUGAAGUAACAUUUCCGCCAUAUUCAGCAAUAGUAUUGAAACUAGAAAAGUAAACCAAGAAUUAUCAAAUAAUUAUUAAUCUAUUUUUUUUAGUAUUUGUAUUUAAAUGUUUUCAUAUUAGCUACCUACAUGGGUUUCAUUUGCUUUUCUAGAGUCUAGAUUUUUUAACCUGUAUUCAAUGUAUUUGAUUAAUUUUAUAUUUAAUAUUAAUUGUUAACCUAUGGUAUUAAUGAGCGUAAUCUCUAUUUUUUACUAAAAAUGUGAACCGAAAUGAUCUGAAAAAAUAUGGAAAAUCUUUUGCCUUUAUUAGUUAUUUAAUAUUUGAUGUCUGUUAUUUUUUGCAAAUAUUUUACCUCAAAGAAAUUAAGUAUUUAUUAUGAAAGUUCCUUCAACUAGUGUAUACCAAAGAUUUAUAUAAGUAUUAUAAAUGGCAGUGCUUAUUUGAUGAGGGGAUAAAAGAAAAAAUAAAUAGCCAAAUGUAAAUUAUCAUUAAAGUUUAAUAUACAUUUGUACACAUUUGAAACAAAUAGGUAUUAUGUACUUAGUAUAUUUA